UCAAAUAAUGGAUGAAUCUAAUACGGAUGAAAAAUCAUCAAAUUUUCGUUAUCAUCAAUUAGAAAGUGAAGAUAGUUUUGAUGGUGAUAAUACAACUAAUCAACAAUGUCCAUUUAAAUUUAAAGUUACAUCCGAUUCACCUCCUGGUCAAUCAUUUUCAUCAACAUCUGGAAAUGAACAAAAUAUUACUAAUGAACGUAGUGGAUCUGGUUCUGGUUCUAGAUCCGGUUCACGUGCAGGUUCUACUGGACAAGUUUGGGAUCAAUAUUAUGGAAAUAAUCAACAUCGUCCUUCAUUACCAUUUCAUUCAUCAUCAACAUCAAUUAUAUUUGAUUAUUAUCGUCGUUCAUCGAUUGGUGUUGAACAUUUACAUUCAUCAACAGGAUCGACUGGUUCUGGUUUUUGGAAUUCCAAUGCAUGGCUUUCACCAAUAUCGCCUGCAUUUCAACAUGGUAGUACCAGUGGUACUAGCAUUGCUGGACCUAGUUCCGGUGCAAUAAUCGGUAGACGACGAUCAUCACAUCCUAGAAUUUGUACAUUUAAUUGUGCCAAUUGUCGUAAAUUAAUGUUAAGUUCAGUUUCUGAACGUAAUCUUAAUCAAAUCGAUCCUGUUUCAAAUACAAAUUCUUGUGAUCAAUCAGUUAGUGGUUCUGGUCCUGUAACUGUAACUAGUAAUCUAAUAACAAAAUUAGCACCAUAUGAACAAACACAGAGCUUAAAUAAUAGUGACCAACAUUUAUCAACAAUAUCAUCAUCAGGUUCAACAUUAGUUUCAUCAGCAAUUGAAAAUAAAUUUAUAACAACAACAACAACAACAACAUCAACAACAAAUAAUAAUAAUGCUGAACAACAACAUAAUGGUCAUCUAUCAAAAUUGAUUGAUGAAGAAACUUCCGAAAUUAUUAAUCAUGACAUAUCUACA